AAACACAGAGUUUAGUUUUGUUCAUUUAACUGAGUGAAAGCCCGACUCUCUGCUUUUCUGUUUGGAGGCAACAACUUGGAGAUGCAAAAUAUGACUUUUUUUGGUCUGUCAAUUUUUGUUCUUGCUUCUUUCUGCCUCCUUUCUACCUGCAGCAAGCCGGUAGGUGUCCACUUACGGAACAUGGACAGUUUCAUCCGCGCUGUGCAGCAAGUUGAGGACUCUGACCCUGGCAUGUCCCCUCUGGCUCUGGUCAGGGCCCUGCGGAGGACUGCUGGCCAUGAUGAUGCAAUGACAAUCCAUUUCCUGGGUGCGUCAAAUAAUCUCAGUGAUGCUGAAGUCCUUGAGACAACAAUGCUUAAUGCCUCGCGCUUCAGCUUUUUUGAUAAGGCCAUCCAUCAUAUUGUGACAGACUAUGGAGAGGAACGUGGGGUGGUUCUUGCUCCAGAUGGCACCACAGUGGCACUUGCACCAUUACUGCUGGGAAUCGAGUCAGGACUGAGGGCAAAGAUUGAGGGGAAGCCAGCUAAUGGCAUCUUCCCUCUUACCUUGGCCAGGACACUGGGCCUGUCCUUCCUCAGCCUCCAGGACUUCCCACCACGUUAUCGCAUGGGGCCAAGUGGGUGCUGGGACAAUGUGGAGCACCCUAAGGUGUUCAGUCUGUCUCGGCUUCCCACUCUGGCCACUGAUGCUAUGAUUAAUGGUGGCAUGGAUGGAGUUGUACUGGGCAUGAACCUCAGCAAUCAAAGUGAAUCUGAAAAGCCAAAAGCCCUCAGUAAGAUCUUGAAAGGAUACUAUAGUUUUACUUUGCAUGAGGGGCAGGGCCUUGAUGCUGUGACCAGCCACAUUAGCCCGAAGCGACGGGAGAUAUCUAGAGCCUUUCUGGAACCACUUGAUUUACACAGCCAGGUGAUGGAGACACUGGCAUUGGUCUGGAAGCUGGAGAAGACAGAAUGGAUUGCCUGGGACACUGGAGUGGGGCAAGCGGUGAAGGAUGGAUUGAAGGCAUUUGUGCACAUAUACUGGGACUGCCCUCAAAUCAUUCGUCGUUGUCAGUGGGGGGCAAAAUCCCUCCAGGAUACCCCCAUCCCACUGUCUUUGCCCCUUCACUUCCUGUAUGUGCACCACACCUACGAGCCAUCCUCACCCUGUAUGUCCUUCCCACAGUGCUCUCGUGACAUGAGAGCCAUGCAGAGGUUCCACCAGGAGGACCGUGGCUGGAGCGACAUCGGAUACAACUUUGUGGUGGGCUCUGACGGCUACGUAUAUGAAGGAAGAGGUUGGAAAUACCUCGGCACACACACCAGGGGCCACAAUAGCCUCGGGUAUGGAGUGUCAAUCAUUGGUAACUACACCGCCACCCUUCCCUCUCGCCACGCCAUGGACCUAUUGCGUCAUCGUCUGGUCCAUUGUGCAGUAAAUGGAGGAGGAUUGUCUGCCAACUUCACCAUCCAUGGCCACAGGCAGGUGGUAAACACUUCCUGUCCUGGAGAUGCCUUCUUCUCUGAAAUAAGAAGCUGGGAACACUUCAGGUUCUGACAGGAGUCCCACUGCCACAUGAGUCGCCUUACACAUCAUCAAUGCUUCUUCAGGGAAGGAACUGUUUGAUUUGGUUAAGUUUUGAAAUUGUUUCACUACAUGAAAUGGACAUUCAAUCCUCCAAACUUUGGACUAAUUUAUAAUUUGUAUGUAGAUGAGUUGAGAGCCAUCUAUUCCAGUGCAGGAUUAAUUAAAAUCAAAUGGAUCUCCCUGGUCACACCUCAAAUGUGGGGCACCGAUGAUAUAAUAGAGAGACUAAGGCACUGAGCUCAGGUCUGAGAUGAAUUAACAUCCAACUCACUUGAAUGUACAGAGAUCCUAAGGAUGUUAGAUGGGGUGAACGUCUUGAUUCAACAGCUGUUAUUUACCUUGUUAGACGGAUCACUAUUUAAAGGUCCAGUGUGUAAGAUUUAGGUGAAAGGGAACUAUUGGCAGAACUUUAAUGUAGAAUAAUUCUCAUGAUGUUUUCACUAGUUCAUUUCAUCUAAAUUGUAUGAAUUGUAGUUUUCUUUAGCCCAGAAAAGGCCCUUUAUAUUUAAAUACUUUAUAUUUACAUCGAGGGGACCCUCUCUACGGAGGCCGCCAUGUUUUUUACAGUCCAGACUGGACCAACUAAACAUCUUUUGAGUUUUUAUGACAAGUAAAGGCUACCACAGUUUCUUUUUCAUGUUUGGAAGGAGAGGGUGAGGUGCAACAUGCAAUUUCAACACUAGGUAUCACAAAAUUCUACACACUGUACCUUUAAAGCUUUGAGUUUUUGAAUCAUGGUGAGUAUUAUGAGACAUAUAUGUGUUUUUCCCUAAGCAAACAAAACAUAAAUAGAUGGAUUUCUGAUAUACUGCAAACUGGAGGUUUUAAGUUGAUAAAUAUCCUGAAUUAUGAGGGACAUAUUCAUGUAAAAUCAUCUUUUUUCUCCUUGAAACAAUAAAGAGUCUGUCACAUGUAA